ACCACGGAGGCGCCAAAAAUCAGCGACCUAAUCCAAUUUAGCGAAGCAGAGGAUAAGGAAGAACGGAAACCGGAAGUGAGACAGUGCGGUUCAAAUGGCCGUUGUAGUCGGAAGCUGCUGCUUCUCUGUGCUCACCUCCACCGUCAAAUUCCGCCGCUUCGCCACGUCGCAGAGAUCCAUUGGCUCUAUCACUCCCAAAGCCAUCAGUCACAGGAGCAAAGCUUCGAGUCCGAAAAGAGGCUCCUCGUCGUCAUCGUCAUCGUCAUCGUCAUCGUCCUCCGCUAAAUCCAACAGAGAGAAAGAAGCUGUUCCACAGAAGAAGAUUCCUGGAAGAUCAAACGAUGAAAGACCUUUUUCAUAUGCUGAUGGAAAUAGCGGUGGAGGGGAUAUUAAUCGUACUCAAUCAACAUCUUUUAAAUCAUAUGGCGCACAAAAAAAAGACAAGAAGGAGUUCAUGUUCGAUAUGAAGGAACAGCAGGUGGAACCUGGGAAUCUUCAAGAUGGAGCUAUUCUUAAUGCUGUUGUGAAGGUUUACUGCACCCAUACUGCCCCAGACUAUUCCCUUCCUUGGCAAAAACAAAGACAAUUUACAAGCACUGGAAGUGCUUUCAUGAUUGGGGAUGGGAAACUUCUGACAAAUGCACAUUGUGUUGAAUAUCAUACACAGGUCAAAGUGAAGAGAAGGGGAGAUGAUACAAAAUAUGUGGCUAAGGUUUUAGCAAGGGGUGUUGAUUGUGAUAUAGCAUUGCUUUCAGUAGAAAGCAAGGAAUUUUGGGAGGGAGCAGAAUCACUCAAUUUUGGGCGCUUGCCAUGUCUUCAGGAUGCAGUAACUGUUGUCGGAUAUCCCCUUGGAGGGGACACCAUAUCAGUGACAAAAGGAGUUGUAUCACGCAUAGAGGUGACAUCAUAUGCCCAUGGAUCAUCUGAUUUGUUAGGAAUUCAAAUUGAUGCGGCCAUAAAUCCUGGUAAUAGUGGUGGCCCUGCUUUCAAUGAUCAGGGGGAGUGCAUUGGAGUGGCAUUUCAGGUUUACAGAUCUGAAGAGGCUGAGAAUAUUGGAUAUGUAAUUCCAACUACAGUCGUGUCUCAUUUUCUCGAGGACUAUGAAAGGAAUGGGAAAUACACAGGUUUCCCUUGCCUUGGCGUAUUGUUGCAAAAGUUGGAGAAUCCAGCCCUACGUGCAUGCUUAAGAGUAAAGUCUAAUGAGGGUGUACUGGUACGAAGAGUUGAACCCACUUCCGAUGCAAAUAAUGUCUUAAAGGAGGGGGACGUGAUUGUAAGCUUUGAUGGUGUUCGUGUGGGAUGUGAAGGAACAGUGCCAUUUCGAUCCAAUGAGCGCAUUGCGUUUCGCUACCUCAUUAGUCAAAAAUUUGCUGGUGAUGUAGCAGAGCUUGGUAUAAUUAGAGCGGGAAAGUUCAUGAAAGUUCAAGCGGAUUUGAAUCCUCGAGUGCAUUUGGUUCCCUAUCAUAUUGAUGGAGAUCAGCCUUCUUAUAUAAUAAUUGCUGGUUUGGUGUUUACCCCACUCUCGGAACCUCUGAUAGAUGAGGAGUGUGAAGAGACUAUAGGGUUGAAACUACUGGCAAAGGCACGUUAUUCCUUGGCAAGGUUCAAAGGGGAACAGAUUGUGAUCUUAUCACAGGUCUUAGCAAAUGAAGUGAACAUUGGGUACGAGGAUAUGAGCAAUCAGCAAGUUUUGAAAUUCAAUGGAAGUCGAAUAAAGAACAUCCAUCACCUAGCACACCUUAUUGAUUCAUGCAAAGACAAGCAUCUAGUUUUUGAAUUUGAAGACAAUUACAUUGCUGUUUUGGAGAGGGAAGCAGCUACUGCUGCUUCAUCCUGCAUUCUCAAAGAUUAUGGUAUUCCAUCAGAAAGAUCUUCUGAUCUGUCGGAGCCAUAUGUAGAUUUAUGGGGAGACAACCAAGCAAUAGAUCAGGAUUUUGGGGAGAGUCCGGUUUCAAAUUUGGAAAUUGGCUUAGACGGACUCCUCUGGGCAUAGUUACCAUAUGUUGAGAGGUAAAUCUCAAUUUUUCUCAUAGCAUUCAUACUUAGGAAGCAUAGGCCAACUCAUUGGUUACUCCACAGCAUGCUCUCUGUUUUCCUGCUGUAACAUUAUUUAGGUCUUUCUUUUUAUUUUCUCUCUUUCCUUUUCUUUAUUUUUUAUUUUUUAUUUUUUAUUUUGUGGGGGAGGGGGGGUUGUUGUAGUUUUGAUUGGAACAAUUUUCCACAUCUAUUAUUUGGAAUAGGUAGAGCACAAUAUGUUAGAAGGUAAUGAUGUAAUGGUAACUGCUUGAGACAGCCACUUAGCACACCUAAAAAAUAUUCAAAGCCAAAUCCUACUCUGAAAAGGAAAGGAGGGAGUAGAAUUUGAAAUUUUGAAUAGAGAUCAAAUUCAUGGUUGUGAUGGUAA